AGUUGACGUCAGUUUGGCGCCGAAUGGUCGGGGUUUGAGCGCGCGGGAGAUUGUGCGGAUGGAAACAGUGGAGCUGCUGUAGAAACGGAUUAUCUGAAUUCUGAUCUUAAAUCGAAUUUAAUUCAGGAGUCACCAUGCAGCGUAGCAUCGCGUCUUUUUUCCAGCCGAUGAAAUGUAAGGAGAAGAAAGACGAACCAGCUAAAGUGAAGUCUGAACCAAUCAAAAGCCCACUGAAAACUCAGAAUGGUGAGAGAGACUGUGAUUCUCCUGUAAAGAAGACAAGCAAACGAGCUCGAGCGAUCAUCGACAGUGAUGAUGAAGAACAGCCGACAGUAAAGAACGAGGUCUCCAAGCAGGAGGAAGAACAAGCUACCAAGCCGGACAAGGAGAAGGCCGAUGUUAAAGUCAGUGCCAGUCCACUUUCACCAAAGCCCCUCGCUACCCCAACAACCCCCGCCACGCCGGCAACUCCAGCAUUAUCUGCAGCUUCAGGCACACCUGGAACUCCUGCUACUCCAAAUUCCACCUCACCCUCUGGAAUUCCAAAACGCAGGACUGCUCGUAAGCAUUUCCCCAAGAGGAAGUUGGACAGCAGGAGUGAUGGAGAAAAGGAGAAAGAGGAGGCCGAAGAGGAUGGAAAGAAGAAAGAAGAACAGCAGGAGAGUAAAAGAGCAAGGAUAGAGGAGUCUGCUGAUCAGACAGUAGAGAAUGAAGGAGAGGAAAUGGAAGUGGAAGAUAAGACCGUAAAUGGUGAGAGUGCGGCAGAAGGCAAGAAGGCGGCAGAAGGCAAGAAGGCGGCAGAAGGCAAGAAGGCGGCAGAAGGCAAGAAGGCGGCAGAAGACAAGAAGGCGGCAGAAGACAAGAAGGCGGCAGAAGACAAGAAGGCGGCAGAAGACAAGAAGGCGGCAGAAGACAAGAAGGCGGCAGAAGACAAGAAGGCGGCAGAAGACAAGAAGGCGGCAGAAGACAAGAAGGCGGCAGAAGACAAGAAGGCGGCAGAAGACAAGAAGGCGGCAGAAGACAAGAAGGCGGCAGAAGACAAGAAGGCGGCAGAAGACAAGAAGGCGGCAGAAGAUCAGAAAUCAAAUGAUGAGGAAAAGAUGGAUGAAGGAGAAACUAAUGACACAAAUGAAGAGUCCAAGAAAUUGGAUGAUGAAAAGGUUAAAAAAGAAAAAAAGGAGGGAAGGAAGGAGAAGAAUAAAAACAAAGUGAAUAAAGUCAAGGAGGAAAAAAACAGUCCCGAAAGAGUUAAGAAAGAACAGAAGAAUGGAGAGGAGGAGAAGAAAGAGGGAUCUGCUAAGAAAAAACCCAUCAGCAGUUUUUUUGCCCCCAGAAAGGCUGCAGUAAAGCUGGAAAAAUCAGAAGAAAAAAAUGAUGGUGAGAAAAAGAAGGACGAAGGGAAGAGUUCGCCCGUCUCUGAGGAGAAAGGGAAGAAAAGCAGUGAAAAGGGGGCGGAGCCUGCAAACCAGAGCCAGUAUGAUCCUUCUAAAGCUCAUUACCAUCCCAUUGAUGAUGCGUGCUGGAAGAAGGGACAGAAAGUUCCGUAUCUGGCUGUUGCUCGUACCUUUGAGAAGAUUGAGGAAGAUUCCGGCAGGUUGAGGAACAUCGAGACGCUGUCCAACCUGCUGCGAUCCGUCAUCCUCCUCUCUCCAGAUGAUCUGCUGUGCUGUGUGUACCUGUGCCUGAAUCAGCUUGGUCCAGCCUACCAGGGGCUGGAGCUGGGUGUUGGAGAGACGGUGCUGAUGAAGGCUGUUGCCCAGGCAACCGGGCGACAGCUGGACAAAAUCAAGGCAGAGGCCCAGGAGAAAGGCGACCUGGGAUUGGUGGCCGAGAGUUCCCGCAGCAACCAGCGGAUGAUGUUUGCUCCAGCCAGUCUGAAUGCAGCAGGAGUCUUCAACAAACUGAAGGAAAUCGGCAACAUGAGCGGCAACUCUGCUAUGAAUAAGAAAAUUGACAUCAUUAAGGGUCUGUUUGUGGCUUGUCGUUUCUCAGAGGCCAGAUUCAUCGUACGGUCGUUGGCAGGGAAGCUGAGGAUCGGAUUGGCUGAGCAGAGUGUGCUGGCAGCUCUGAGUCAGGCUGUGUGUCUGACCCCACCAGGUCAAGAGUUCCCGCCGAGUGUGAUUGAUGCUGGGAAGGGGAUGAGCACAGAGAGCCGGAGGGCGUGGCUGGAGGAGAAGGCACUCAUUCUUAAACAGACUUACUGUGAAAUGCCAAAUUAUGAUGUUAUCAUCCCUGUCCUGGUAAAGGAGGGAAUAGACCAGCUGCCCAAGCACUGCAAACUGACUCCAGGUGUGCCCUUGAGACCCAUGUUGGCUCACCCCACUAAAGGAGUCGGGGAGGUGAUGAAGAGGUUUGAUGAGGCUGCUUUCACCUGCGAGUACAAGUAUGAUGGAGAGAGAGCACAGAUCCAUAUUCUUGAAAAUGGAGAGGUUCGGAUUUUCAGCAGAAAUCAAGAAGACAAUACCAGCAAAUACCCCGAUAUUAUCUCACGCAUCCCACAGGUAAAGAAGGAGUCGGUGCGUUGCUGUGUGUUGGACACGGAGGCUGUUGCGUGGGACAGAGAGAAAAAACAGAUCCAGCCUUUCCAGGUCCUCACUACGCGCAAGAGGAAGGAUGUAGAUGCGUCUGAGAUAAAGGUGCAGGUGUGUGUGUACGCCUUCGACCUGCUGUACCUGAACGGAGAGUCUCUGGUGCGGGAGCCGCUGAGUAGGCGCCGCGCUCUGCUGAAGGAGAGUUUUGUGGAGAAGGAGGGAGAGUUUGUCUUCGCUCGUUCUCUCGACUCUGACAACACUGACACCAUCGCUGAGUUCCUGGAGCAGUCUGUACGAGACUCUUGUGAAGGCUUAAUGGUGAAAACCCUGGAGAAAGACGCCACUUACGAAAUCGCCAAGCGCUCCCACAACUGGCUUAAGCUGAAGAAGGAUUAUCUGGAGGGCGUGGGGGACACUAUGGAUCUGUGUGUGAUCGGGGCCUACCUGGGGAAAGGCAAGAGGGCGGGCAGCUAUGGAGGAUUCUUGCUGGCCUGCUAUGAUGAGGAGAACGAGGAGUUUCAGUCAGUUUGUAAGAUUGGAACAGGAUUCAAGGAUGAAGAUCUGGAGCAACAUUACAAUUUCUUAAAGGAGCACAUCCUCCCUAAGCCCCGGCCGUAUUACCGGGUGGAUCAGUCAGCAGAACCCGAUGUGUGGCUGGAUGCAGUGCAGGUGUGGGAGGUGAAAUGUGCUGACCUCUCGCUGUCUCCAGUCUACAAGGCGGCAAUGGGCUUGGUGGACUCAGAGAAAGGAAUUUCUCUACGCUUCCCACGAUUCCUCCACAUCAGAGAAGACAAGAAGCCAGAGGAUGCCACUACUGGAGCACAGAUUGCUGAUCUCUAUAAGAAGCAGCAGCAGAUUCAAAAUCAAGGGGAAAAGGCAGAUCUGGAGGAUUAUUACUGAUCCUCGCACUCCGGCAGUCACCUGACCUCUUGCCUGUGCUCUUGAUGUGGAAUUUGGGAAUAAAUUGUAUGAUUGAAUAAUUGAAUCAUUUUGUUGUUAGUAUGUGCGAGGAUUUUAAUGAAAGUGAAAAUGGCAAUUGUAAAUAGGCUUUGAAAUGAGAAUUCAAAUAAACAUUUCUUUAAUGAA